GAGGCGCGAGCGGGGCCUCACACAACUAGGAACACGGUCUGGAGCGAGUGGACGGGCGGGGACAUACACGGAGACACGGGGGACUGAGGACCGGUUUCCCGCAGAGACGGCCGAGGACACGAGGACGGAGCGGCGGACCGAGACGGCGCAGGAGACCCGAGACCGCAGCCGUGCAUGUGGAGAGCGGGUUCGCUGGCAGCCGACGAGCUAAGUAGCUAACCAGCGUUUAGCCCGACCUGGGUUAGCGGGCUAGCCAGCUUUUGUAAUCCGCCGGCGAGACACACUUCUCCUCCGCCGCGAACCAGAGGCCGACCCCGGCUGGUCCAGCGGAGCCGAGCCGGAACCGACCGGGACCAAGGAGGCACCAGGAGGCUGGUUCUGGUGGCAAGGCCAAAGGACCAGACUCAAUGAGGAUCCAGCGAAAUGUCCGAGAAGUCAGGGCAGAGCACAAAGGCAAAGGAUGGCAAAACAAAGUAUGCAACCCUUAACCUCUUCAAUACCUACAAGGGCAAAUCUCUGGAAACCCAGAAGACUGCAGUGGCUGCCAGACAUGGGCUCCAGAGUUUGGGCAAGGUGGCUUCCAGUCGGCGCAUGCCCCCUCCAGCCAACCUGCCCAGCCUGAAGGCAGAGAACAAGGGAAACGACCCCAACGUCAAUAUUGUCCCCAAAGACGGUAGUGGCUGGGCGUCCCGCAACGAGGCAGAGGGGGAGAGGCAACAGGAUACACCCCCACCGCAGGUCAAACCAGCAGUGGUCCCGCCACCGGAGCCGCCUGUCGUGGGCAGCCGGUCAUGGGCCAACAGCAAGCAGACACAGCUUGACGGAGCUCCUCGUGUGAGCAGCCAGUUUCACCACGAGUUUCCAAGCUUGCAAGCAGCUGGUGAGGCAGAGAAAGGGGACAGUCAAGAGGAGGAGCCUUAUGGACCUGGCCCCAGCCUCAGACCUCAAAAUGUUGGCAGUUGGAGGGAGGGCGGAGGCAAGAAUUUGAUCACUGCUCCCGGCCCUCCUGAGAUGGAUAACAGGGUUCCAGAGGAGGGAAGUGCGAGCCUUGAUACCACCACACCACCUGUAGAAGCUGACGACCCUGGCCGAAAUGUAACCGCUGACGGUCAGAGGGAGAAGGAUGGUGGGCCUCCUCAGCCUAAACUUAAUGGGGGGCAGCAACCUCCUGCUGGGGUGCCAACUCCGUUUGAUCCUGCUUUCAGGAGCAUGAUGCCACCCUAUAUGUUCAGCGCUUAUCCUCAAUUGUCUGCAAGCGCCGGGCAAGCAAACGUCAGAUACCCUGUACCACAAGAUGGAGCAAAAGGUUCGCGUUCAGCACGACCCCAGCAGGGUCCGCCUCAGGCCUGGCGCCUGGAACCAGACAGGCCUGCAAUCAUCAGUGCGUCAGAGCUGAAGGAGCUGGACAUCUUGGACGCUGACACAGACGAGGGCUGGGCAGGAGCUCAGAUGGAGGUGGACUACACAGAGAAACUAAACUUCAGUGACGAUGAGGAAAACCAAGCUGCUAAAGAAAAAGGAGAAAACUGGGGUUUGAUGGGGAAAGUUGAACGUAUAAGACCUCGGCCAAAAGAAGGUCAUGAGCGGUCUGAAGACCGUGGGGGCAACAAGACCUUGCGGGCAGACAACGUAGAUCCGAGAGCACCAUCACCUAGCGGUGUCGGGCAGCACAGUAAAUCAACUGCUUCACAAGACCACCAGGCUGGGAGUCGUUCUGUUAGUGGAGCAGCUCCACGGGGGAACAAGCCACAGGCUGCAUCAGCACCUGGUGCCGAUGAGGACCCUGAGGCCUGGAGACAGAAGCGCAAGAAGCCGUCAGAAGUUUCUGAAGCUGUAGAACGAGCGAGGCGUAGGAGAGAUGAAGAGGAGCGGCGGAUGGAUGAACAGAGGCUUGCGGCCUGUGCAGAAAAACUCAAACGUCUCAAUGAAAAACACCGCCAGGCAACAGAGGGCAAAUCCUCCCCUGCUCAGUCCACCACCAAUGAGGCAGAAGCUGCCCCUGAGAUUGCCCCCUUAUCAGCUCCUUCUCCUGUAUCCAGUCCUGUACCUUUGGUCCCAGUUUCACAAUCGCAAGAACCAAUGCAAGCCCCUCUGCCAGAGCAGGUGGUUCAGAUUGAGGAGAGGAUAGAGCCAGAAUUGGAGAAAGUUGAACCAAUAGCCGAGGAGGAGGUUCACUUGCCUCCUCAGCCCAGCCCUCCCGUCCAGAGACCUGUGGUCGUUGCUCCGGAACCUGAGAGCGAGGAAGAGAGCUCUUUGGCUGAGGUCGGCCCCCUAAUGGAGGAAGACCAGGCUGACCGGACAACAGUGCCUAUCCAAGACUAUUUCAACAUAGAGGACAACAGAGUGGAUGAGCUCCACCUGUCUCUGCCUCACAUGGACACACCAACUGGUGAGGAUGUCUCCGUGGCACCCCCACAGCUGGAGGGAGAAGCAGCUGCUGCUAUGCGUCCAUCUCUCACCUCAGGCUAUUCCAAACAGUUUCAAAAAUCUUUGCCACCCCGUUUCCUCAGACAGCAGGAGCAGAUGAAGCAGCAACAAUGGCAGCAACAGCAGAGUGGGGGCUCUGUGUCCCCAUCAGGUGGUGGCACUGUUCCAACUACGCAGCAGCAACAACAGCAACAGCGCUCCAUCUAUCAACCUAUGGGCCCCCACCACCAGCACCUGGCCUCCAUGGGCUUUGACCCCCGCUGGCUAAUGAUGCAGUCCUACAUGGACCCUCGCAUGAUGUCAGGACGUCCUCCAAUGGACAUACCAACUAAUAUUCACCCUGGGCGAAUGCCUCCAAAGCAGAUUGUGCGCAGAGAGCCUGGUGACAACUCCAGCUCCAGCUCAGACUCCUUUGACCACUUGACCCGGCCAAUUCGUGACCAUGGCCUUCCCUCGGACUCACGGAUGGUAUGGGGAUCGGACCCAUACCCACAAUCGGAGCCUUUACGUUCUGUAACUCCUCCAAAAGGACACAAUGAUACCAAGGAGCAGAGAAUCGACUCUAGUCUGGAUCUAGAUAGAGUUCUCCCAGCUAUAUACCCCCAGGACCAUAGUGCAUUGGACUCUCGUAAGAGUAACUUCUUCCGGGACCCUCCUGAGUCCCUGUCAGCAUUUACCCAGGGCCCAGAGGACUUAUCUGGGCCUCUAGACCUCCCUGUAGUCUCAGCUUUUGAUUCUGAGGAACCAGGCCUACCGAGUGGGGAGGAAGUAGAGGCUCUUGGUCAAGCUAUGCUCCAAAGGAGCGUCUCCCAGGGCUCCAGUAACUCCCUCAAGCUUGAUGAGCCUAGGUUUGAUGGGCUACCCCUGGGAACGAAGUCCCUAGAGCCACAGGACACAGGGGAAAGGGCUGAAGAUAAGCUCCAAAAUGAACUCUACUCCCAGGCUACAGUGACGAACCACAGGGCUACACCUCCUGCUGAUGGAUUACACAAACAAGAGAAGCUGCCUCUGCCAGUCCCCAGCAAGCAGAAAGCUGAGCUGCGCUGGGGAGGUAGAUCAGGGGCUGGACGCAGAGAAGGACCAGGUGGUGAGAGACCAGUCCGCAGGUCUGGGCCAAUAAAGAAACCUGUCCUAAGGGACAUGAAAGAAGAGAGGGAGCAAAGAGAAGAGAGAGAGAAGCGUCACGAGAGAGGGGACAGACUGGAGAGAGGGGAAAGGGGAGAAAGAUCCAAAAAAGAUCAGUCAUCCAAGGCUCCUACUGCAGCUGCUGUUUUGUCUGAGGGCUGCAGACCUCAGAGUGAAGCGAAGAGAGAAUCUACAGAGCUUGAGGAAACAUCGACUGGCCAUCAGAGAGUUAGAGACUCUCAGCCUUCAUCGGGUCCUCCUACUUCUUCUUCUCAGGAAGAGAAAGCAGACAAACCACCCAGCAAUGACAAACAUCCAGAACCCAAACUGCCUUCCAGAAAAGAGUCCAAUCUUCCGCCGCGUGCCUACCGACGGGAGGACAGAGAGAGAGACCGUGACAGGGACAGGGUUAGGGAUAGGGACAUGGUUAGGGAUAGGGACAUGGUUAGGGACAGGGACAUAGUUAGAGAUAGGGACAUGGUUAGGGAUAGGGACAUGGUUAGGGAUCGGGACAUGGUUAGGGAUCGGGACAUGGUUAGAGAUCGGGACAUGGUUAGGGAUAGGGACAUGGUUAGGGAUAGGGACAUGGUUAGGGAUAGGGACAUGGACAAGGACAGGGACAUGGACAAGGACAGAGAUAGAGAGUGGCCUGUUGAUCCAAGUUUCAAAGGACGUGGCAGAGGGGAGUAUUACGCUAGAGGACGCAGCUACCGAGGUACUUACAGUGGUCGCAACAGGGGGGGUCGCGGCAGGAGUCGAGCAGAGUACCCUUACAGAGAGCCCCGAUCACGCUCUGAUUUACCUGCAGUGGGAGGUGCUGCUGCCUUUCGCAAUAGGGAAGAAAGUGAAACUCGCAGUGAAAGCUCAGACUUUGAGGUUAUUCCAAAACGCAGACGACGACGGGGUUCAGAUACAGAUUCUGAAAGUGAAGGCGGGAGGGAGUCUGCUAGUGAUACCGGACCCUCUGACCGCGAACCUAGCACCAAACCUAGCCGUCCACUGAGACGAGAACUCCCUGGUGAGGUCCGAUCUGGGCCCCACAAGCCGGGCUUUGGACCUCCUCAAACAGGAGAAAGGGCUGGAUUCAGAGUGGAUGAUGAAAAUAGGCCCAAGCCAGGAUUCCUUCCUAAAGGAGAACCUUCUCGGCGAGGGAGAGGUGGAUUAUACAAUAGACGAGGUGUAGCAAGGGAACGUGGUGGCCCUCGCUCUGCCCCUCUUAGACGGCCAAUGCCCAGAGAGUCUUCUUCACAGUGGCCCUCUAAACCCAUGGAGACAUUUAGGCCUGAGGAAAUGGAGUCGGCCCAAAGAUAUGACAAUCCUCCCAAUGACCGACGGCCACCUAGGUCUGAAGGCAAGAAAUUUGUGGACGGACCACAGAGUAGCCGAGAGAGGCCUCGUAGAUCCCGACCAGCACGCCCCCCCAGGCAAGAUAAACCCCCCCGCUUCAGACGCUUGAAGGAGCGGGAGGCGGCUGUGAUGGGUAGUGGAGAAACAGCCUCAAGUCCACCUUCCCAUUUACCCCCAGUGCCUGCUACUGCUGCUAGGUCUGCCCCAAUAUCCCUUUCCCCAACCCUGUCCAGAGCUCCAGGAACCUCUGUUACUGUGCCUGCAGAAGGAGCAGCAACUAUGCCUGCACCCGACCUGCCCUCUACUAUAGAAGCGUCCUUACCUGAGACGGGCAGCCCCACAAUCGCUGCGGUCGGUACCAAGUCCCCUGAUCUGUCCAACCAGAACUCUUCAGAUCAAGCCAAUGAGGAAUGGGAGACUGCUUCUGAAAGCAGCGACUUCAACGAAAGGAGAGAGCGAGAAGAGAGGAAAGGAGCAGCGGAGGCCGCUAACGAAGCCACCAGUGCCUCUGCUGCGGUACCCGCACUUCCUCAGGGCUCUUUGACCCCCAAUAAAAGCCCACCUGAAGGAGGGGUGACUCCAAAACGUGAAGUUGCUCCUGCAGCUAAGAGGAGUUUCUCCAAUCAGAGGCCGGCGGAGAGACAGAAUCGUAGAGUCAACAGUGGAGCCAAACCAGUCCGGGGCUACACUGGGGGCAAAGGGGAGAGAAGGGGAGGGCCCAAAGCAGGGCGCAAAGGCCCUUUAGCCCACCAGAACUCAGAGGCAUCAGCAUCAACAGCUGGAGGAGGAGCCCAAAGACCUUCGAAGGAGCAGUCUGCCCGUCGCAAAGAUGAGACCAAACAGGUCGCCAAGAAGCCCAAGGAGAAUGCUCUUUCUCAGUUUGAUCUCAACAAUUAUGCCAGUGUUGUGAUCAUUGACGACCACCCAGAGGUCACCACCACAGAGGACCAGCAGUCCAGCACCGUUGAUGACGGCUUCACAGAGGUGGUCUCGCGCAAGCAACAAAAACGCCUCCAGGAUGAGGAGAAACGGAAAAAGGAAGAGCAGACACCCCAGAACUGGGGUAAAAAGGGCUCCGGUGAGAAGGGCAGAGGGGGAGGAGGAAAGCUGCCACCAAGAUUUGCUAAAAAACAAUCACUGCAACAACAGCAGCAGCAGCAUCAACAACAUCAACAUCAACAACAGGCCUCACAGCCUCAGCCUCAGAGUGCUGCAGCCUCUACUCCCCAGGCCCAACAGAAGCCUACCAUUGCUGUCCCCCAGCAUCCUCACCUGCCCCCGACCCAGCCUGCUGCAUCCCCUCAGACUCUGGAAGGAACGGUGGCUCCUCUGCCCACUAUCCCCCCUGCUGCUGUGGACUUCACCUCCAAAAACCUUCCCCCCGUACCCACCCAGACGCACAUCACUCUUGGUACAGAGCUGUGGGACAACAAGGUUGCGGGCUCCACUGUCCUUCCUGAUGUGAAGAAGCUUGGUCCAAUCAGCCCUCCUCAGCCGCCUUCUGUGAGCGCCUGGAACAAACCUCUCACCUCCUUCACGGGCACGGUCUCCUCUGAGGGUGUGAAGCCAGGAGCUGAGGGCAGUGUAGAGUUGGCGAUCGACAGUAUUCAGUUUGGAGCACCAUCAUCUGCAGGCAGCACAGACAGUGAUGGAGUUCCAGCGUUGAUGGAGAUGGGCUCUGAAAACAAACUACCUGCUCCCAAAGAACAGAGACAGAAGCAACCUCGAGUUGGCCCAAUCAAAACACAGAAGCUUCCUGAAAUGGAACCAGUGGAAACCAAGGAAUAUAAGCCAGGUCCCAUUGGUAAGGAGCGUUCUCUUAAGAACCGCAAGGCCAAAGACGCACGUGGAGUAGAAGGCGAGGGCAUGGAGGGAGGAGUUCCUGGAGGAGGCGUCAGCAGAGCCACCGAACCCAGUCCUCCCACCAGUGACACUGCUGUACCAGAGCUGGGAGACAUUGAGGGCAUGAUUACAGUCCCCUCAGCAGAGUUCAUCAGUAACUCAAAGGAAUCUGUCACUGACUACACCGCCCCCUCCUCCUCACUGGCUGAUAGUGUUCCUACAGGAGUCAACAAAAUAGAAGAAAGUUUGGUGGCAAAUGUGGCACUGCCUCAUUCAUUGCCCAUUCCCAGGCGAGAGACCCUGCAGCAGAGCUCCAGCCUCAGCACUGUCUCCCCUGCUACUGUUGACCUAACACUCAAGAUGGAAUCUGCUCGCAAAGCUUGGGAAAACUCCCCGAGUCUGGAGAAGAAUUCUGCGGUCACCUCCUCUUCGUCCCCCAUCACGUCAUGUGCAUCCUCGUACUCUUCCUUCUCCUCGGCCUCCAUGCCUCAGAUCCCUGUGGCUUCUGUUACUCCCAGCACUUCACUGUCAGGAUCUGCCACCUACACAACGUCCUCUCUCAGCACCAAGACCACCACAGCUUCUGACCCCCCAAACAUCUGCAAGGUGAAGCCCCAACAGUUGCAGGGUGGCAGUUUGUGCUCCAGCAGUAGCAGCAGCAGCAGCAGCUUCUCUCAGCUGGGCUGCGUGCCUGCCCUCCUGCCCCAGCAGCAGACCCCACAGGUGUACGUCUCCCAGUCUGCAGCAGGUCCGGGUCAGUACGGGACGGCUUCUGGGUCCGGACGCCAACCACGGUCCACCUGUUCUGCAGCUCAGAUUCCAGCAUUCUACAUGGACACCAGUCACCUCUUCAGCAGCCCCCACCCUCGCUUGGCUCCUCCCUCCCUGGCACAGCAGCAAGGCUUCCAGCCUGGGCUCUCACAGCCAACAGCAGUGCAGCAGAUUCCCAUCCCCAUCUACGCUCCACUGCAAGGUCAGCCUCAGCACCAGCAUCAGCACCAGCAUCAACACCAACACCAACACCAACAUGCGCACCAACACGCGCACCAACACACACACCAGCCCCAGCUAGGACUCGGCGCUGGACCUCCAGUGUCCCAGCCACAAGAUCUGUUCAGCUCCUCGCUGCAGCCUUACAGGUCUCAGCAGGCAUUCAUGCAGAGCAGCCUGUCCCAGGCCUCCAUGAUGCUGUCAGGACCAUCUCUGCACAGCUACGCCAGCGUGCAAGCACCUGACAUGGGCAAGGCUCAGUCCAACCUGGCCUAUCAGCAGCAGUCAUCCACUCAGCACAUUCCCAUUCUGUUUGAGCCGCAGCUCAACCAGCCCUCCGGCAUGGGAGGCUCCCAGCUCAUUGACACACACCUGCUGCAGGCUCGACAGGGGAUGAAUCAGCAUUCAAACAUGUACUCGGGGCAGGUGCAACAACAUGGCCAGAGUAGCUACUACAGCAACACUCAGUCGCCCAAUUCAGCAAUGCAACAGGUGACGGUCCCUCACCCUGGUUCCCAAUUGUCUAUGUCGAACUAUGGCUCUGGUGGAGGCCAGCCCCUCCUGGCACUGCCCCCCACGCCGCCUCAGGCCCAGCCCCCCAACAUCAACCGACAGCCUCCAGUGUCCCAGGCGUACCGCAGCAUCAUGGGCCCCAGCCACAACAUGAUGCCGCCACCCACCAGCAAGAUGGACAUGGAUCUUAAACUCUUUGGCAGUGGGAUGGACGUGAAGCCUGGAACUCCUCCUGGAGCCAGGAGCACAACGCCCAACUCCAGUCAUUACAGGGCCAGCUCCACCUCUCCUAGCAGCCAGUCCAGUAAGAUGAACAGCAUAUUGUACCAGAAGCAGUUUCCACCCAACUCUGCCGGGAUGAGGAUGGCGCAGCAUUUCCCUGGACAGUUCAACCCUCAGAUGCUCUCUCAGCCCAACAUAGUUUCUCCUCUGGUUCGACCUCCUCACGCCAACUCAUUCGCUGGAGGUGUUCAGCGGUCUCCCAUGGGCCCUUCAAUGUCUGGGAAUAUGGGUGGUGGGCUCAUGCCUCAUCCCCGACCCCAGUAUCCACAGCACAGCCAGCAUCUUUCCCGAGGACCCCCUGGUCCCUCGAUUAUACCCAGAGGCCCACAUGGGUCUAUGAAGGCUGAACAGGACCUAAAGGCAAAGCAGCGGGCUGAGGUGCUCCAGUCUACUCAGAAGUUCUUCGCAGAGCAGCAGCUGCUUAAGGCACCGCAAGUCAGCAACGCUUCUCGACUUGAUCAGGGAGGAAAACCCUCCCUCGACACCUCUGCCCAAAACCACCAGGCAGGAGGCGAACGCCCCGAUUCUGACAAACCCCCCAUCUCCACGGCCAAGCCCAUAAGGACUGGCCCCAUAAAACCGCAGGCCAUCAAACCAGAAGAGGGCAAGUAAAGAGCUCCCGACCGUCCUCGGAUGACAAUACAAAUGGAUGGAAGAGAAGAGGAGAGAGAAUCUAGCCCCAUUCACUCAGUCACCACCUCUUAUCUGCCAUGGGGGACAUUUUGGGGGAGGAGGAUGAGUUCGGUAGAGAUCCAAACGGUAGUGGUUACUGAGAGUAGGCACUGCCCUGCGUAUAUAUAAAUAUAUAUAUAUUCCUAUUCCUCUUCUUUCUCCCCCCGUCUUGUCCCACUGUAGGUUGGGGCAUUUGAGUUGGAUUCUUCCAUCAUGUUUAGAUGCCGACCAAAUGGCCGCACAAGUUGUCCAACAGAAAUCUACUGUGACGGUAGAUAAGAGGAGAGUUGGAGAGAGAAAAUUUGAGAUGAGAUUUUGCUGCUGAGUUUGCCAUUUUUAUAGCUCUCGAUUUCUGUACCUAUUUUAUUUUCCCAAAUAGUAUCGUGCGUAUUAUAGGAGAGACCUGUUUCGUUAACGAAAGAAUGAAUCAGAUGUUUUUGUAGUCCAAACAAUCUUCAGUGUAUGUAGUGAAGCACACUUUUUGUUGCCUAAUCACCCAUCGUAACCAAUCCAGAGAUUUGUGCUCAUGCACACGCUCCCUCAACGGUUUCACCCACAGUCACCGCACAGAGACGUGAAAUAAGAAAUUAUGUUGUCAUUUUGUUUUUUGUUUUAUCAGAAUGGUAAUGUGAAAAAUCGCAGCAUUUGAUUGACUUAAAGGAUUGAUUUAUUGAUUAGUCUGCCUGUGAGCCUUUGCUCUCCUGCCUUCUGCUCUCAUCUUCUUGCCUGAGAAUCACUGACGUGUUGGAGUGUGUGUCGGGUUCCAGUAGGAUCAGGAGGAACCUCGUAUCUGGACUCUCCUGUAUAUUUAGCCAAAGGUUGAAGCAGCGCAGCGAUGUCGCAGCCUUUUGGAUUGCUGUUGCCUUGGCAGCAGGGUUUUGAGUGGAUUUACAGGAUUACAUGGAGGAUGUAUGAUCACUACACGCAGCUGUUCCAGUUUAGGGGCUACUGUCACACAACCUUUCACUGCUUUAACACCCAUCCUCGCUGUCACACACAAACACACACACACACACACACACUUCCCUGCAAAGCACCCAGAUCUGCUGCUAUUGACUGAAAUCAGUGUCCUUAGGUAGAAUAAAUCAGGAUAGGGCUAUUUAGAGGUUAUAGAAGUGGCGAAGAGUUGAUUGUUAAAACAAUAGAGAACUUUUCAGUGCGAGUGUGCGUGCGUGUGUCAACCCCCCACAUUAAGGGGGGGGGGGGGGGACAAGAACAGGACAGAACGAAGAAAACAAUGGGCAGAAGGGACACUUUUUGUUUUUGUUGUCUUUACUGAUGAGAGCAAUCAGUGCUGUUUCCUGUCUCUGCCUCACCUCGGCUGGCUAUCUCACCCACGAUGCUCUCAUCUCGGGGUUGUGGUGACGAGGGUCCUUCAGAAAUGUACAGCGGUAUGCACCCUGAGGGGGGGAGGCUGUCCUCCACACAUCCACCCCAGCUGGGGGAAGAGUCCUUGCAUUGGAGGAGGGAUGAGGGAGGGAGGGUGGGUUAUGAAUUUUUUGUUUUGUUUUUUUGAUUCUUAUUUUGUUUUUUUUUUGUUGUACUUGUACAGGGGUUUCAUCGCUGUAUUAAAAGAUGUACGGUCUUAUUUACAUUCUCUUGGUUUGGUUAC